AUGUCUAGAACUUCAAACGAAGAUAAAACCAAUGAGAAAGCUAAUAUCCCCCAUGGUCCUCGGGAGAAUUUAGCUGAAGUUCAGCAACACAAUAAGGGCACAGAGAAUAAGACCAAGUUAGAGAAACCUCCAGUAGAUGGGUCUAAAGACAAAGCCAAGCCUCCAACCGAGAAAGCUUCUAUUCGUAAGAACACUACAUUUAGUUGGCAGGAUGUGGGUGCUUGGGAUUCCCCUGAGAUCUCAGAUAAAGAUCAUAUGUUACAUGUGAUGAAGAAGAUUGAAGCGUACGUCGUAGACCAUUUCUACGGAGACUGGUACUGGAAUUCAGGUAUCAUGAUUGGAACAUGUUUCUUCUCAUGGUUAGCAGCCAAAUGGGGAUUCGGUAUCUUUUCCAUCUUAGUGGUUUUAUUAGGUGCCAAUUCCGUCUACAGAUUGGAAUUCCGUAGAUUUAAUCGUGAUAUCAGAGACGAUAUGACCAGAAUUCAUGCUUCCAAUAGAUUGGAGAACGAAUUAGAGACUAUGGAAUGGAUGAAUUCCUUCUUGGAUAAGUUCUGGGUCAUUUACAUGCCAGCAUUGAGUGACCAAGUCAAAUAUAUCGCCAACGAAGUGUUGAAAGAUCAAGCUCCAGGGAUGGGGAUCGAAAAGAUCUCCUUAGAUGAGUUCACCUUAGGUUCUAAAGCUCCUAGAGUUAACAGUAUCAAGUCUUAUACCAGAAAGGGACAAGAUCAUAUUGAAAUGGACUGGAACUUCUCGUUUGCUCCUAACGAUACUGACGAUAUGACCAAGAAUGAAAUCAAGAAGAAAAUCAACCCCAAAGUUGCUUUAGGAGUUACUGUUGGUAAAGCCUUCAUCUCCAAAUCAUUACCUAUCUUGGUAGAAGAUAUGGCAUUCACUGGUAGAAUGAAUAUCAAGUUGAAGUUGACGGAAAAAUUCCCUCAUGUCAAGAUGGUCAGUGUUCAAUUCUUAGAAGCUCCAACCAUCGAUUAUGCGUUGAAACCUGUUGGUGGUGAUACUUUUGGAUUCGAUAUCAUGACUUUCAUUCCAGGAUUAUCAUCAUUUGUUAACACCUUGAUUCAUUCCAACUUAAGGCCAAUGUUAUAUGCUCCUAAUUCUCUUGAUGUUGAUGUUGAAGAGAUUAUGGCCCAGCAAUCAAACGAUUCUACCGGAGUUGUCGCCGUUACCGUUAAAAGAUGUAUAAAUUUGAAAACUGGUAUGGACACGAAACCUAAUAGUAUCAAUCCUUAUGUUCAAAUCAAACUUCAAAGUAAUGCUGAUGUUGAUGAAAAGACUAAGAUCAAGAAAGCUAUCAAUGAUCCAAUCUUCUUGGAGAAUAAGUACUUAUUGGUGAACAAUUUGGAUAACAAUUUCUUAACUUUCAAUGUAUUUGAUUUCAUUGAAGAUAGUCCUAAUGAUAAAUUGAUUGGAUCUGUUGAUAUCCCCUUAGCAGAUUUGUUACAGAAGGAAGUUAGAACGGGGAUGGUGAAGAAUUUGGUUGAAAGUGGUAAAACUAUUGGGAAAAUCGAAUUUGAUUUGAGAUAUUUCCCAACUUUAGAACCAGUUACCUUAGAUGAUGGUUCUAAGGAAGAAAAUACCGAUGCUGAGAUUGGUAUUAUGAAACUUAACUUGGAAAGUGCCACCAAUUUGGACUUAACUUCAUCAGUUAUUGGAUUAUUGAACCCUUAUGCUGAGAUUUAUGUCAAUGAUGAGUUGGUUAAGACAUGUCGUCAUUUAAGAAAGACCAAUGAUCCAUCUUGGAACACUAAUUUCGAAUCUUUGAUCAGUCAACAGUCAGAAACUCAAAUCAUGGUAUUGGUUAAAGAUAGUGCCAAUGAUCAAAUUGUUGCUAAACUUGAUGCCAACUUACAAGAUUUGAUUUUCGAAACCAGUAGAGGACAAGAAUGGAUUACUUGUAAACCACUUGUUGAAGGAGGAGUGUCACCUAAAAUCAGAAUCACCGCUAAAUGGAAAGCUUUGGGUAUUACUGAUGAAAAAGUCGUGGAUGCCAAUUUCUCUGCCCCUAUUGGAGGUCUUAGAUUACAUGUUCGUCAAGCAAGAGAUUUGAAGAACUUAGAAGCUGUGGGAGAAGUUGAUCCUUAUGUUAGAGUUAUGGUUAAUGGUAAGUUGAGGGCUAGAACCCCAACUAUUGCUGAAACAGUAUCACCAGUUUGGAAUUCGGUUUAUUUCUUCAAUAUUGAUAAUGAAAAUCAACAUUUACUUUUAUCAAUCAUGGAUGCUGAACCUGGUGAUAAACAUGAUAGAAACUUGGGUAGUUGUGCGGUUCAUGUUAAAGAUUUCAUUAAAAAGAAUAAAGAAGGUCAUUAUUUAGGUUAUGAUGGAUCAGAAGAGAUUAUUGAACAACCAGUAUUGUUCAAUGGAGUUAAUAAGGGUCAUUUAUCUUAUUCAGUAUCAUUUAUUCCUAAUGUUCCAAUAUUAACCAGGGCUCAAACCAAAAACCGCAAAGGUUAUGAGGCGCAUAAAAAAGCUGCAGCUGAUAAAAAGGCCGAAAAGAGAGCUAGAGAAGAAAAACUCAUUAAAGAAUUCCCUGAUCAAUAUGAAUUCAUUGAAACUGAUGAAGUUGAUGUACCUGAACCACCAAGAGUUACCAUGCCAUUAGAAGAUAUCAUCAAAUAUAGAGCAGGUAAUAUGACAGUUAGAAUUUUAAAAGCAAGAUUAAGUAAGCCGGACUUAUAUAUCCAGACAUUAUUUGAUGAUCAAGCAUUACCUUCAGGAGUUUCACCAAAAGCUGAAUCAAGAUCUUUAAAUGUCGCAUCAACAGCUGAAGCUUUUAUUAGAGAUUUACCUAAUUCAAAAUUAGUAUUAAGAGUAGCUAAAAGAUUUGAAGUUAAGAAUAAAAAGGAUAUGAUCAGUGAAAAGAUUUUUUCAACCAUUGAUAUCUUGAAAAGAUCAUGGGAUAAACCAAUUGAUUUACCUAUCGAUGAAGUUAAUACCGUUAAGAUCCAAUUGGAAUUUAUUCCUUCACCAAUCAAGUUGCAUCCUUUGGAUACAAUUCUUGAUGUAGGAUAUCUCAAAUUGGAAAUCUUAAGCGGACAUGAUCUACCAGCUGCAGAUUCCAACGGAAAAUCCGAUCCUUUGGCUUUACUUAGAUUAGAUGGAGUUGAAGUGUUUAAAACCGAUAAGAAACGGAAAAGUUUGGAUCCGGUAUGGAAUGAAGAUGCAGAAAUUCCAAUGCUUUCAAGAUCUCGUCAAGUUUUAUUAUUGGAAGUUUAUGAUUGGGAUUUAACUCAUGAUGAUAGAUUAUUGGGUAGAGCCAAUUUGGACUUAUCAACAUUAGAACCUCAUACUUCAACACCUUUCCAUGUAGCUUUAGAUACUAAAGGUAGUGUUAAAGUUAGAGCCACUUUCAAACCAGAAUAUAUUAGACCUACAAUUGAAUCAGUUGGUGGGUUAGGUAUUGGAUUAGGUGAUGCUACCAAAUUUGUUGGUGGUGUAGCCAAUGGAGUCGGUGGGGUUGCAUCUGGAGUUGCAGGAGUUGGAGUUGGAGCUGCAGGUGCCGGUGUUGGAGCUCUUGGAAGUGGUAUUGGAGCUGCUGGUGAUGGAUUACAUAAAGGAGGGUCAUUCUUGAAAGGUUUAGGUAGAAGAAAGAAAGAUAAAGGAGAUUCUGAAGCUUCUAGUAUGAUGGAAACUCCAUCACCAACCAAACUGAGAAGAAGCAUUGAACCUAAAUCUCAAUACACCAAUGACUUACAAAGUUUAAGAUCAGGACAAACUCCCGGACCUCAAUCUCCAGGACCUCAAACCCCCGGACAUCAAACCACAGGUCCUCAAUCAUCAGAUCAAUCAUCUCUGGAAAAUAAGGGAAUCAUGGAAGAAGUUAAAGAUCAAGAUGACGAACAUGAUGAAGAAAAUGAUAAAGAUGAUGAAGACAAGGAUAAAAACGAUGGACAAGAUGCUAAAGAUGAAGUUCAUCCUAAUGUUAAACAAAAGGAAGAACCUCAAACCAUUCAAGCACUUCCUAAUAUUCAUGAUGGUGACUUACCACCACCACAAAAGCCCAAUUUUGGUAAUUUAGAACGUACUGAUUCAUCAACAUCGUCAAAUUUCGCCGAUUCCAGUUUUGCUAGUUCUAUCCAGGGUCUUGGAUCUAUUCCUGGGAGAUUAAACAUUGUCUCCGCUCAAGGAUAUCCUUCUAACAAUUUGGAGAUCAAGGUGAUGUUAAAGACUCCUUCAAGAACAAGAGAUUUGUAUAAAACCAGGUCCAGUAAGUUGGAAAAAUCUUCAGGUCAGUAUAAAUGGAAUGAAGGUACUCCAUUCAAAUGCUCACCAGAAAGUGAGUUGAUCUUUGUGUUAAGAGAACACCAUACUUUUGGUAAGAAGAAGGAAGUGGAUCAGUUCAGAAUUGGAUUGAGUGAGUUGGACGGAGAAACCAUGGAAUUGAAGGGAAAUUCAGGACUGUUGGUGGUAGGUAUUAAGUAUGUUUUAUAA